GCCACUGUCGGACAGUCUGAUCUGAUUGUCAACUAUUUUUUUUCCGUAAAAUAAUUUCGCUAUUUCAUAUUUAUUCGUAAAUUGAUUUAGUGUUACAAUGAAAAUGAGCAAUUCGUGUCGUUGUUGCUUGCUGCGGCCUCCUGAAAAGAAUUUGAGAACCCCAUAUACACGAUCGGACAAAACAGAAAUAUAUUCGAAUAUGCUUAAGGAAUGUUUUGAGAUAAAUCUAACCUACCUGCCAAGUGAUGAUGAGUGUGGGAUCUGCGAGGUGUGUGUGAGACGGCUGCGGGACGCCAGUGACUUCAAGGUGCAAGUGCAACGCAGCCAGGAGGUAUUGCAGGCGUGGCUAAGGAGGCAGUGCCAUGUCAAAGAAGAAGAAGACUUACCGAAGGUGGAAAAGUCAACAAACGAUGUUGAUGAGGAGUUAGUGCAUUUUGAGAUACCAAUAAAGAUAGAGAUCUCGGAUCCCUUGCCGACCCAGGAGGAGGAUUUCAAGCUAUUUAUGACGGACCUAGAAAACCAGACACUAGACGAAUGCAAGCAAGAACCCCUUGAAAUGCCUGUACGAGUAAUUGAACAAAGCCCCCAUGCGACCUCGGUAAAGAGCUGCAUCGAUGAGUUUGGUCCCGGCGUGAAGCCGAAAAAGGAACGAAAAUAUCGCAUAAGGAAAAACAAAAACAAAAUAUACAAUUGCGACACUUGCGGAAAGAAAUUUGGACGGGAAGUCGGGUUAAACAUUCACAAAAAAUGUCACAUUAGACAAGAAUUAGUUUGUGAAAUAUGCAAAAAACAAUUUAAAAUAAAAUCACGCUUAGACGAGCAUAAAAAAACACACGCCGGUGAAAAACCUUUUUGGUGUAAAAAAUGUAACACAUUUUUUUCAGACAAGUUUAACUUCAACAAACAUAAACGUACACAUAGGAGAGACAAACCAUUCGCUUGCGAUAUAUGCAAGGCAAGAUACACUAUAAAGGAAAACCUCGUUUCGCAUAUGUCGUCACAUUCGGAUUUUGGACAUUUUCGCUGCAAAUUAUGUCCAGUAAAGUUCCCGACUCAUAAAAGUUUAAGGGCGCAUAUUAGAGAAACUCACAUAACUCAAACGUAUACCUGCGAUGUAUGUCAGCGAGUAUUUUAUUAUAAAGCUGAAUUAAUUCAGCAUCUGAAUACGCAUUUCAAGUGGACUAUUUAUGCUUGCGAUAUUUGCGGUUUGACGCUUGCGACGAAGAGUAGUUUGCGACGGCAUACAAUGGUGCACACGGGUGAGAAAUCAUACGCGUGUAAAAUCUGUAAUAAACAGUUUAGAUACACGCACACACUGAAAACACACAUGCGCACACACACUGGGGAGAGGCCUCACUGCUGCGAAGUUUGUGGCAAAAAAUUUGCAGAAAUGACCAAUUUGAAGAAGCAUUUAGAAAUACACGUGGAAGGAAAAGUAUACUCGUGUGAGUUAUGUACCAAAUCGUAUUCUACUUCUGAAGGUUUGAGGCAGCACAGACGAACACACACGAAGAAUAAACUUCAAGUCAAACCUAAAGUCAAAAAGGAAAAGAAAAAUACGUCAUUUCUGUCGUAACGUAUUCGCUUACACACUAAUUGUUAUAGUGAAAUAUAAUUAUUAUUCAUUACA